AUGGGCUAAACAUUACAACAAAUCUUACGAUGACUAUUUAAAAUCAGAAAGUGAAGCAGCUCAAGAUUUUUGGACGAAUUACAAUGAAAUUAAGAUCCAUAAUUUAAAAUCAAAUGAAUCAUAUCUAAGAAAUCUUCAAGCUCAUUCAGAUUUGACAUUUGAUGAAAAAAAGGAAUUUAGAAUGGGAUUGAAAAAGGAAUUGUUUAAUCAAAAAGUGGUUCCAUUACCAAAUUUUCCUAGAAAUUCCAGAAAAAGUCAGGUUAAUUACACCGAUCUAUUUCCGCCUGUAAAAGAUCAAGGUUAUUGCGGAGCUUGUUGGGCUUUUACUUCUGUAUCACUUUUAGAGUACAUUUCUAGGAAGAAUAACGGAAGUGAUUUCUAUUCUGAGCAAUGUUUAAUUGACUGUGAUAUGGGCGAUGGUGGAUGUGAAGGUGGUUGGCCUGGAAAUGGACUUGCGUAUGUUCGUGAUUAUGGUAUUUCAGACGGAUCUACUUAUGUCUAUAAAGCAUAUAAUGAUACUUGCAUGAAAGAUGAAUUCCCAUCGAUUUUUACAAUUGAUGAUGUCUGUACUUAUGACAUAGACGGCGAUGAAGAAAAACUAAGGCAAUUGGUGAAUAUUAAACCUGUUAUUGCCUGCAUAGGAACAACUGAUGGUUUUACAAGCUAUAGUCGUGGAAUUUUUUAUGAUAAAUUAUGUCCAUCAAAUGCAGUUGAUCAUGCUGUGACUAUUGUGGGAUAUGGUUCAGAUGGUAAAGGAAAGGAUUAUUGGAUUAUAAGAAACUCAUGGGGUGAAAAUUGGGGCAUGAAAGGAUACGGAUUAAUGGCAAGGAAUAGGAAGAAUCAUUGUGGAAUCGCUUCCUAUCCUAUUGUAGUAUGCUAG